AUGAGCAUGAUGGGAGAGCUAAACUACUUCCUUGGACUGCAAGUAAAACAACUGAAGGAAGGAAUUCUCAUAAAUCAGGCCAAAUACACCAAAGAUUUUAUUAAAAGAUUCGGCCAAGAAGGAAAGAGCUCAGUGAAAAUUCAAAUGAGCACAUCUGUCAAAUUAGAAAAAGACGAUGAAGGAAAAGAUGUUGACGAGACGCAAUAUCGAGGAAUGAUUGGAUCUUUAUUAUAUCUCACUGCGAGUAGACCCGAUAUAUCCUACUCAGUGGGUGUAUGUGCAAGAUUCCAAUCUAAGCCAAAAGAAAGUCAUCUACUUGCCGUCAAGAAGAUUAUCCGAUAUCUUAAAGGAACUAUUAAUGUUGGAUUAUGGUAUCCUAAAGAAGGAAAUUUUGAACUAACCGGUUUUUAA